AUGACUUCUGAUCUCCACACUUUCACCACCGAGUAUUUCACUUCUCGCACCCCCUCGGAAUGGGACUUCCAGUCCUACCUCGCCGGCAUCAGCAAGCUCAAACCGGCCCAAACGCUUGGUGAAGUCAACUCUCGCUUCUACACUGCUCUGAAGAAAAUCGCUGCCUCUGCCUCUUCGUCAAGCCAGACUCUCACAAGAGUGCAGUUCCUGAUGUAUGGGGUGCAACAAAGGUCAAAUAAACGCAAAUGGAAUCGAGAACAACGAAGGAAUCGAGGGCAGGGGAAUCGAGAACAGCAACCAGGUUUCGUUAAUCAUGGUAAUGUCUCUAUAGCCCAUGGAGUGGGCAAUAUCAUCGAAGGACAGCGGGUUGGCAAGGGGCAGCACAUCACCGUAAGUACCGCCAGCGGAAAUCCCUCGAUCGAUGGCACGAAGAAAGCGCGACGUGUCGAGCCCAGACGUACACCUACACCUACCCUUACCCUAUCUGAAUCUUCUGAGGAAGAUGAUGAUGAGGAGGAGGACCAGUACGAAGCCGAGGACGAGGAAGAGGACCAGUACGAAGCCGAGGACGAGGAGGAGGAGGAGGAGGAGGACCGGGAACAAAGCAAUAUCCCUAGUGGCAGGCCUGAUGGUCUUGAUAGUACCAGCGAUACCGAUCGACUAGAUGCCUUCCUCAACUCUUUCUCGGCCAUGCGGGGAGCCGAUAAGCAGAUAUUUACGUGCUCUGGACGCGUCCUCGAGAACCUCAUCCACGUAGGCGUCAUCGCCAAUCCAGCCGCCGCCGAGGAUGCCCUCGACUGGGUUAUCGACCUGAAAGUCGAAAACGUCCGCGGGUGGUUCUCGCCACCUGAACUUGAGGAACUUCGCUCGUGGCUACCGCCGACUCCGAAGGUCGAUCAAUUCUUUACGUAUGCUCGUCACCGGUAUGAUAAGAAAUCCAGCAUCAUCGCCCUCCGCGAAACCUCGGAAUCAAAGCCUACCCCCCCCGACACGCCCUACGACCGCAAACUCACCUUCAACGCCACCUACGUCAACGCUGCCGUCACCUCCCUCCUCUCCACGAUUGAACAGAGCGCCACCAACGAGUCCUUUGGCUCCCCGCAGAGUCACCGCGAGGGGUGGUAUGGGUCCAAGAUCUGGAGCAUGCUAUUGGACCACUGUCUGGACGACCUUGAUAACCUUACCGUGUCACGCACCGAUAUCGCGUCGAAGGUUGGGUGUCCGGGGCGAAGGUUUGAUGCCGUGUUCUUGGCGGGGGGUGUGGGAGUGGAGGUGGCGGAGGUGGGGGCGGUGGAGGUGUCGAGGUCUGGAGAUGUGUUGGGCGUGAGGAAGAGGCGCGGGGAUCAGGGCAAGUUGAGGGAGCUUAUGAAAGCGAUGGUGAAGGCGCUGUGGAAGAUGUCGAAGUGUGCUGAUGAGGCGGGAAGGAAGCUCCAGGUUGUGGGUGUGCAGCAUGUUGGGUUCAACAUACGCAUAUCGACCAUGUGUGCCGUGAGCAGGGGCGUCUUUGUCCUGCAGCCGGGAGCGUGGAGGGCGGUCCCGCAUAAGCUGGAGAACUUUGAAAUGGUGUUUGACGUGCUGCAGGCGGUCGUUGUGAUGAAGGGUAUUGUGAAACGCACGGUGGAGGUGCUGAGGGCACAUGCUAAUGUGAAGGCGGAGGCGGAUGGGGCUUUUGAACUUUAG